AUGACCUUCCUCUUCGGUCACUCCACCAGUGGAACACAGAUCGGUCUUGGAUGGACCCCGCUUGUUCACCCCGGGGGCUUCGUUUACUUCAAGUACAAGCACCUGAAAGAUAUCGAGGAUACUCUCCAUCUUGUUCUCGAGGAGCUUCGUAAUCAUGGCGUCACGUCAGAUGAUGUUGAGAUUGGUCUAGACAUCUACUUCGACCCGACAGCGCCCCUCCCAGUGUGUCAUGGUUGCUACUACCUCUGCAACAGGGAGUCGAGACAGGCAAUCUGGCUGGAAUACAUCCAGGACGAAUUCUUCUUUGAGGGCGAGCAACACAUACAGAUCCUUGGAGGAGAGCACCUCAGGUUAGCCGCAGAGUCGGCAUUCUGGUAUACAUCAGUGUCUGAUACAGAUAAAGAAACCGCGAAGACCACCACCGUCCCUUACACGGCCGAUGAUCUGCAUCGAUUUUUGCAGCUUAUCAAAGAUAUCAACGUAACUCGUCUGCUGAAGAGCAUAUUGUCCAGAGAGCGCUUCGUCCGCUACCACGGGGAACCAUUCGUGCAACUUGAUUCUGAUCGAAACAUUCGACUAGAGGUCAACGAAUGUCAACAUUCUUACUGGUUCAGCGGCGCUAGCUGCUUGUUCUUCUUCACCCCGCACAUCUACCUCGACAGACUUCACAAGAUCUGGUUUGAUAAUAAGGUCAAUUAUCCGAACUGGCGCAAGUUCAAUCCAGAGCUACAGGAUGACUGGACUGCUUCCAUCACACCCUCCACGGUGAUCCUAUCGGCCAACGUUGGCUUCCUCGCGAUCCAAAGCGUCGACCAAGGAGGCAAAUUCGCUGCCGACAGGACAACAGGCCAAAUUUCCUUGCUCGACAGCAUAGGCCAAGCAUGCAUGACCAUCCGGAAGACAUAG